AUGACAACCACCAGAAGCCAAAAGAAACAACUUGAUCAAGAAAGAAAAGCUAAAAUUAGCAACACUACACAACGCAUUAUAGAAGAGACCAAAAGCGAUAAAGACCAGGUCGAAAAAAUUUCUACAAGAAAUCAUAGUUCAGAAGAAGCUUCAAACUUUAAUAAAAUGGAUGAAAACAAUACAUCCCAAGUUUGGCAGCUUGCAAUUAAUAAACUAAGAGAUGAGAUAAACGUCCGAAUGGAAGAAAUGAUGGAAAAAUUAACUAAGUUAAUAUUAUCCAACAAAAAAAAUAAUACUGGGAAUUUAAACAAUAAAAUGAUUCUUAAUCCUAGUGAAACUGGAGAUACAUCCAACUUUACAGACUCAAUCUCAAUGCAAGUAUUACAAGCCAUAAACUACAAUAAUCUCAUUGAACCAUUUGAUGAGACUGAUAAAGAUGUAAACAUUAAAUCAUGGUUUACAAACUUAAAAAAAUAUUUUAAACUGAACAACAUUCCAUAUGAUAAAUAUGUUGACCAUUUAUCCUUAAAACUUAAAAAAGAACCAUUAGAAGUUUUGUUAUCUAGUGAUGCUGAAUAUACAAAGAUUAAGGAAGAAUAA